CACAACCAUGGCCUGCUACGACAUCUGCCGUCCCUGCGGACCCACCCCGCUGGCCAACAGCUGCAAUGAGCCCUGUGCCCUGCAAUGCCAGGACUCCCACGUUGUCAUCAACCCUUCUCCUGUGCAGGUCACCCUGCCAGGACCCAUCAUGACCUCCUUCCCCCAGAACACCGCCGUUGGAUCCACCUCCUCGGCUGCCGUGGGCACUGAACUCAGUGUGCAGGGACAGCCCAUCUCUGGUGGAUUUGGUGGAUUUGGCUACGGCCUUGGCUAUGGCCGUGGAUUUGGCUACGGGCUGGGCUGUGGCUAUGGGCUGGGAGGCCUGGGCUGCUAUGGCAGAAGGGGUGGCUACAACUGCUAAGGGCCCUCGACAGCAACCCUGACGCCAACCACCAGCUCCCUGGAACACAUCUCAGGCAUUGAGGAUGCUUCUCUGGUCCAAGGCUCUCAGAUGGACUCAGCACUUCCAGCUCCUGCUCUCAGG